AUGGAAGAAACCUCAGGUCACUUAUUUUGGGAGUGUUCUCGGACUCAGGAGGUUUGGGCUCUGACCAAGCUUUUCCCGCCAAACCAUAGAGUUUUCUUCCCUUCCUUCUUGGACUUGCUGUGGUUUGGGGCCAUGGAGAAGAAUUGGGAUCCUGGGGAUGUGGCGAAGGCAGUUAUGGUGGCUUGGGCGUUGUGGACUAACAGAAAUGAAGUGUGGCAUGGUAAGAAGCGGAAGGAGGGUAGGGCUAUUGUCUUUGGAGCAUUGGAUUAUCUCCUUGAAUACCAGAUGUGUUUGGACAGUCCGGAGCGUCCUGCCACUAGCAGGCCUACAAGAUGGUCUCCCCCUCCCCCUUCACGCUAUAAGAUCAAUGUGGAUGGUGCGGUAUUUGGGGCGCAAAAAGCUGUGGGCGUUGGGGUGGUGGUUAGGGAUGAGGAAGGGAGAGUUUUGGGUGCCUGCUGCAAGAAAAUUAAAGCUCCAAUGGGUGCACUAGAAGCCGAAGCCAAAGCUUUUGAGGUAGGCCUCCAAUUCGCUAAAGACAUGCUUAUUCAUGACUUCAUUUUGGAAGGGGACUCUCUGUUAUUAGUUAAUGCCGUUAAUGAAAUUUCUCCUCCUCCAUCUGCUGUUGCUGCAAUUGUUUAUAGUUCCCUCUCUGCACUUAAGGACUUCCGUAAGGUAGAAAUCUCUCAUGUAAAGAGGGCAGGCAAUAGGCCUGCCCAUCUAUUAGCCAAAUAUGCAAAAAACAUUAUUGAUUUUAAUGUUUGGGUGGAGGAGAGUCCUAGCCUUAUUGAUCAGGCUCUCCUGCAAGAUGUUUCUUUUGCUGCUUGUAUUCAAUGA